CGCAGUGCAAUCGAUUCAAUUUUAUUUCUAGCUAUGGCAGAAAGCAUCCUCCCAACAACGGGAGAAGAACUGGAGGUGAAAAAUGAGUUUUCAGCUACAGGUAAGAAAAAGCAACAAGGAAAGACUUCUUUAUGGUAAUUAUGUACUGUUUGUUGAUUAAGUACACCCUAAUUCUGGUGUACAAUUUUUUGGAUCACUUCGACUUGAAGGUUUUAGGAAUCCACUAAAUACGCCAGUAUUAGAACGCUAGUUGUAAUCGCACAUAGUUGCGAUCACUGACAAAAUUGAAAUAUCUUCACGGUAAUUUCAGCGACAGAGAAAAGUCAAGUUACGUCAAGUGACGCUGAACUGGAUGUAGACGAUGACCUUUUAAGAGGUGAGAAAAGAUUUUUUGAAAGAAGUCCCCGCGUUGAAGUUUUUUUCACAUUUACAUGAAAAUUUACACAUUUACAUCAAAACGUUCUGUGAAUAAGGUUUUGAAACAGCAAAAGAUUGUUUCUUCAAAUCUCAGACUUUGUUACCAGUAAAAUAAAAAACAAAGGAAAAAACAAGUCGUUGCUCGGUCAGAUCGAGCAAAAUGCUUAGACAUCAUCAGUUAUUCAUAAGCAUUAAAGCGACAAAUUUGAAGGCGACUUAGCUUUGAAGAGCCCUAAAUUGAAGAAGAAUUAGCCAAAAUUAGCCUACUUGGCUUUGUAAAACCCAGUUUUUUUAGUUUUAGAAGUACUUACUUGUAAAUCAACACACAGUGUUUUGGAGAUUAACGAUGUAUCUACAGUUUGCACCUAAAAUGGAGGUUAUUUGCGUAAUAAAAGUAUUAUCCUUUUGCACUUGAAUAUAUUGUAAAUUUGGUCAUUUUUAGUAUGAAAGUCAAAUUCGGCAAGAGAGAGCUGUUGGUAUCCGUAGACCCGUCAAAGUGGAGUUUUGAAAAAUUUUGCAAACAGACAACUUUUUGAGGCCGCCAAAAGGAAAGUAUUUGCGCUAACACAUUUUUGUCCCUUAUUGUUCAGUACAUGUUUGGCAGAAAUUUUACGCAAUUUGAGAAUUCUACAUAGAAGAGGAGGCAUUUUGUCUCGGCCGUAUCGCCUGUUUUGGUCUUCAAAAUAUUUCGCGCCCUCUUUAGACAGUUAUGUCAACACCAGGCCUACGCUGUAAACCACCAGCCAACAAAACGUGGAACCGCUGACUUUCGCAACAGGCAAAAUGGCACUUCGCGGGAAAGUGAUACUUUCCCAAUCGAAUUUCUCCAGUUAGCCUCUUCGAGUAUGUUCUCAAUAGACAAUUAAAGAAAAAAAGACAAAGAAAAAAACUUUUUUUCUAGCGCACUUUUCUCAACGCUGGUAAAACCACGAAUUCUUGUCACUCUCAGACUCUCAGUACGAUGUUUUUUUUUUCGUUACCAGAACAUUCCCAAGUUUUAACCUUUUUCGGUCCUGGCUUUGCCUUGCUUUUGCAGUAACUUAUGGGGUUUGAUAUUCUAACAUGAAAUUUUGGAAAACGUAACCCAGAUGUAAAAGGGUCAUUGGAAAGUCUCUCGACCUAAAUGUAAACCGAUCAGACUUGAUGUGGUUAUAGCCAAGCUACAGCUAAAACUCCAAAUAGCUUGUGUAUUUUAAAGAAAACAAAAUGCACAGAUAAACUCUCCUGAAGGGCUAUUGUAAACAAAUUUGAGUUAAGAUAGGAUCUUCCGGUGAAACUUUUGAUAUUUUGGAAAACGUAAGCCAGGUGUAAAAGGAGUUUGGAAAGCCUCUCGACCUAAAUGUAAAUCGAUAAAGUUGUGGUAAUAGCCAAGCUACAGCCCAGACUCCCAGCAGCUUUAACACAAACAAAAUGUACAGAUAUUAAACUUUUCUGGUUGUUUUUUCUCAUAGCUCUAAGCUCCUUUAACCUAAAAGUUCAUUUGGAUAUAUAAAGUUGGCAUCAUCCGUCAUCUCAAGGGUCGUAUCACUCAUUACUAAAUUAUUAACACUAAAACGUUGUGUUUUCAGAAAUAGCGAAAGUAUUUCUGGAGAAAGGUAACAAAGAAUACAAAAAAGGAGAAGCUAAUGACGCAAUGAACUCCUACACGGAAGGACUUCAAGUGAACAGCAAAGAUAAACGGCUGAACGCCAAGCUUUACAGCAACAGGGCAACAGCUCAUUUCCGUUUAGGUAACAAUUUCAUAUGUAAACAUAUAAAUCUGUCGUGCAGCGUUACAAGAUAACGAAAUACACAAUCUGCAUUAAGAAAAAGAAAAAUUGAGCAAAUGUAGAAAAGUAGCGUAAAAACAUAAAUCGCCCUGUGGUGGAUGAAAAUUAAGCAAAGGGAUGAUCCUCGUUUCAUUUUAAGUAAUUGUAAUUUUUUAAGGCUUCUUUGUUGCAAUUCCAUAUGAUGACCACUUUUUUAAGCCUUAUUUCCUGAAUCUCAUAGCAAACUACGUGGAAUGUCUCGAUGAUGCAACAGUUGCCGUUCAAUUGGAACCCACUUUAAUCAAGGCUAUUAAGAAAGGUGGGUUUUUUCAGACAUAAUCCAUCAACAUUCUAUUCUCUGAUUUCGUCAAAAGAAGAUUGUGUGGUGUGUGGCAGGUAACUGCAACCCAAGUGUCAAUUGUAUCUGGUGUGUCGAUGUCUGUGAUGAGGGUAAAAAGGAUAAGAAAAUGUCAAUAAGCUCUCAAAUACCGCCGCCUGUUUAGUUCCGUUGUAGAGCGCGGAGGACGAGGGUUCAAGCCCUAGACCGGACCAUCUCCCUGAGUCUUAAAAUAUCUUAGGACAAUGUGCUGCCGCCUAGGCUGUGACAUCUGCAAAUGGUUUGAUAUUCUAGUUCCGGAUAAGAACGGAAAACCGUCAGCCUUGUUUCUUGCAUCUUCUCUGUAACUCAAGGAGGCACCUGAAAAAUUCCCUUUCAAAAGGUGUAAACCACUCAAUGCAGUUUACCCGAAAACUUCCCCGAAAAGUGCUGAAAAGCGCAUAAUAGCACAUUAAAAUGAAGAAUGCGCGAGAUACAUUUAUCGUUAUCAUCAUCAAUUGAAGCUUAAUUGGUAGCUGCUUUCCAUUAGCUUCUUAUUGUUUAUUUUCAGUUCUUUCACGAGUUCAAAUUUCCUUCAUUAUCACAAUUUUUGUUCCCGGCCAAAUGGGAAAUGAAGUCCAUUUUAUCAGUACGUUUAUACUUUAACAGUGAUGAGUUACUUCGUACCACCAAUUAUUCUCUCCUUUUCAGGAGCCAGAGCUUGUGCCGAACUUUGUUUGUAUAAAGAAGCAAGGAGCUGGUUGCAUAUGGGAUUGGCCGUAUCCUUUAACGAAUGUUUUCAAACGUGAUACGAGAUGCAAUGCGAGUAAUAUUUCAAGGGAAAUCAAUACUUUCCGGAGAGAUUCUUCAACACAUAGUGGAAGCAAUGUUCUCUUAUACUGCACUGAGCAGUUUAAAGAAGCUAAAAUAUUAUUAAAGAGUUCUUUCGACUAUUCCACGAAACUUUACUCAAAAGAAGAGGCCAUAUCAAUUAAUUCCCAGAGUUUGGGCUGAAUACCCCUCAUUUUUGUCCUCAGACGAGUAUCACCAUGACGACCGAACCUAAACCAAUAAAUGCGCUUCAGAGCAAGUUAAAACUCUCCACUAGCUUAAGAGCGUUUGUCUUUAAAAAUCAAACAUAUCGCGGCAAGGGUGGAAAAUUCGAUUCCUUUCUUAUUUCAAUGUUAGAUAGGCUAGACUGUAACUAAAAUCACUGGAUACUUUUUUUGGCAAAAUAUCUUUUUAUUUCAGAGAAAAAUACAAAUAACGAAAUUCUGUUAAAAUCGUCAUUUUUAGCAGCAAAUUAUUGCACGAGUUUGAGGGCUUCGCGUGCAAAAACGAAUCACUAUCUCGUCUUUCAAACACUCAAAUCUUCUUUUACGAUCUCAUAAGACCUCACAAAAGGAUUUUUGUAAACAUUGCGCUCUUCUUUUCUCUUAAAAUAAUUUAAUUUCGAAAGCAUGCAUUUCUCUUCAGUAAAAAUACUUCGUGAAUAAAAUUAAUUUUCAUCAUGUGUUAAACCUUCAAAUGGAUUAAGCUUUUGGUGGUUGAAUUUCGAAAAGAUGUUCUCAAUAUUACUGUAAAAAUUUGUUUGGGCAAAUGAUUGAGAGCGAUACAAAAGCUUUUCAAAGUCCGUUAAAAUGCAGUUAUUUGACCUUUUGCGGUCAACAUUCCAGUCGCGAGUCACGCAUAUUUUAAUAUGUUUCAACCCAUAUGAGGCCGAAAAAUGUACAUAGAAAGAUAUUUCCAAAUGCUUUAACCUCAUUUGCCGCAGAAGACCGAUCCAGAGACCAUUUUAGUGUGAUUCUCUUGUCGUUCGUCGUAUUUAGGUCUGUGUAAGUGAUAACGUCCGAUGAAACCACCAACCCUGUCGAACACCAUCUUGUUGUCAAACGUUCCAUAUCUUUCUUCACUGUGGCAUCUUAUUCAACGGUUCAGUUGACUGCGAGUAUUACUAUACUAGUUUAUACACUAAAAAAUUACAUCUGACAGUCUCAUUCAAUGCUAAACUGAGUUGACUACAAACAUGUACGCCCUUUGAGUAUUUGGGUUGUCACGCAAUACUGGUGACAAAGGAACUUUAGGGGGUAGGUGAAGGGCAAAACUCCAUAUAAUUAAGCACUAUCAGAAUUGAACUCUUGGAACCUACAAAUUAUUUUAUUCUGUAAACAUUUUUGUGAUAAUGACAUCUCUGUCUGGUGACAAACAGUAAAAUACUUUUAUUUAUUGCAGGGAAUUAUUCUUGUUUUUUUGGCGCUCUGUGCCUGUCGUACUUAUUAGGGGUGUUUUUCUUUCCACUAAAAUUGCAAGGAAUACCCCAAUAGCAUGAAAGAGAACCUUUAGUACAUUUUACAACACCAUGCUACAAAACGCAGUGGUGGGGAUGUGUGGCUUAUGUUAGGCUGGGGUGCUAUGCUCCGUGGCCAAUGGAUGGGGCUUGCAUAAGGGAGUGGUAUUAUUAACCGCUGUUAACAGACCCAACUACCGUUUAAAACCAUAAACUACAGAGGGGCCGACAUAUGUGCACUCGGCACAAAAUAAGGUCGAUCUCAUCUUCAGGACCGGUAAAUUUGAAAGCCGACCCAUGACUUGCGAUAUUCUUGGUGCAUGAAAGUAAAGGAACAAUUUCCGUUUCACGCAUUCGAUCUCUAUUGUUGUAACCACAAACUCCGCCAAUAAGCAACUUGAACGAACAACAACCUUCCAUUUUUUAUGUAACAAAGUUGACUGUGUAAGUUAGUGUAUUUGUGAAAAACAAAGCCCGAAGCCCCGCCUCUAAGCGAACAAUAGACAUCUUGUAAUUACCAUAAACCAGGUUUUGUUUACUUAGGCUUGCUAUUUUUAGCAGGUACUAAAUUUAGUUUUCCAACGAGUAUUAGCCAAAGGCCCGAUCUCCACGACUUACAUGUAAGAGAUUUCGAUGUUCACAUCAACAAAAAAGCUUAGCAGCAGAGUGACGUCUCUUUACUUUCCCCUUCCCCUACCCCCUAAAAAAUUAACUUUCCAUUGUAUGAUUUGCAUCGCGUGGCGACUCUCCGUAUACAAAACUACGUUGACUGCAACAUAUGUGUAGUGCCACUUUUAAAAGCAUCGAUCAGAUCUACUGCACCUCAAACCGAACAACACUCACAGUCAACUGAACCGCUGGAGAAGAUGCCACAGUGCAGAAAGAUGUCAAACAUUUUACAACGAAGGUUGGUGACAGUUUGCAGAUUGACAGGCAGUUUCAUCGGAUGUUAUAAAUACGAUGAGCGACAAGGUAACCAAAGUAAAAUGGUCUCUGGAUCUUUCCUCUACGGCAAAUGAGGUUAGAGCAAUUGGAAAUGUGUACCCAUGUACAUUUUCCGGCCUCAUAUGAAUCAUAUUAAAGUAGGUGUGUGACUCGCAACUGGAAUGUUGACCGCGAAAGGUCAAAUAACUGCAUUUUAACGGACUUUGAAAAGCUUUCGUAUCGCUCUCAAUCAUUUGCCCAAAGAGAUUUUUAUAGUAAUAUUGAGAACAUCUUUUCGUAAUUCUACCGCCCAAAGCUUAAUCCAUUUGAAGGUUUAGCACAUGCUGAAAAUUAACUUUACUCACAAAGUACUUUUACUGAAGAGAAAUGUAUGCUUUCCAAAUUAAAUCAUUUUACACGCAAAGAGGAACGUAGUGUUUACAAAAAUCGUUUUCUGAGGUCUUAUAAGGUUAUAAAAGAAGAUUUGAGUGUUAAAAAGACGAGAUUGUGAUUCGUUUUUGAAUGCGAAGCCCUCAAACUUGUGCAAUACUUUGCAGCUAAAAAUGACGAUUUUAACGGAACUUAUUUAUUUGUAUUUUUCUCUGAAAUAAAAAGACAUUUUGCCAAAAAAGUAUCCAGUGAUUUUAGUUAUAGUCUAGCUUAUCUAAUAUUAAAAUAAGAGAGAAAUCGAAUUUUUCACCCUCGCCGCGAAAUUUAGAAUUUGUCUGACUUUUACAGACAAGCGCUCUUAAAAUCAAAUCUCUGAAAAAGACCAACGUUCGAAUUAUCAUUCCAGUUUUAAGGUUCUGUCUAAUACUCUGUAAAAUAUACAUUUCCACUGCAUUUUCGCAAAUCUACUCAUGAUUUAUCGACCCUUGACACCUUUUAAGAUUGAAAAUGACAACAAACGUCUGCUUCAAUUACUAAGGAAAACUAAUGCCGAACUAAAAGUCAUAACAAACAGUUCCUCCAAUCUCGGUAACGCUUAUCAAAGUCUAGGACAGUUCAAAACAGCCAUCCAGCACCAUCAACGUGAUCUAGAAAUUGCUAAAGAACUGGGAGACAAGGCCGGAGAGGGGAGAAGUUACUGCAAUCUCGGCAACGCUUAUCAAAGCCUAGGACAGUUCAAAACAGCCAUCCAGUACCAUCAACGUCAUCUAGAAAUUGCUAAAGAACUGGGAGACAAGGCCGGAGAGGGAGGAAGUUAUGGCAAUCUCGGCAACGCUUAUCAAGGUCUAGGACAGUUCAAAACAGCCAUCCAGUACCAUCAACGUCAUCUAGAAAUUGCUAAAGAAGUGGGAGACAAGGCCAGAGAGGGAAGAAGUUAUGGCAAUCUCGGCAACGCUUAUCAAGGUCUAGGACAGUUCAAAACAGCCAUCCAGUACCAUCAACGUCAUCUAGAAAUUGCUAAAGAAGUGGGAGACAAGGCCGGAGAGGGAAAAAGUUAUGGCAAUCUCGGCAACGCUUAUAAAGGUCUAGGACAGUUCAAAACAGCCAUCCAGUACCAUCAACUUGACCUAGAAAUUGCUAAAGAAGUGGGAGACAAGGCUGGAGAGGGAGGAAGUUAUGGCAAUCUCGGCAACGCUCAUCAAGGUCUAGGACAGUUCAAAACAGCCAUCCAGUACCAUCAACGUGAUCUAGAAAUUGCUAAAGAAGUGGGAGACAAGGCUGGAGAGGGAGGAAGUUAUGGCAAUCUCGGCAACGCUCAUCAAGAUCUAGGACAGUUCAAAACAGCCAUCCGGUACCAUCAACGUCAUCUAGAAAUUGCUAAAGAAGUGGGAGACAAGGCCGGAGAGGGGAGAAGUUACUGCAAUCUCGGCAACGCUUAUCAAGGUCUAGGACAGUUCAAAACAGCCAUCCAUUACCAUCAACGUGAUCUAGAAAUUGCUAAAGAAGUGGGAGACAAGGCCGGAGAGGGGAGAAGUUACUGCAAUCUCGGCAACGCUUAUCAAGGUCUAGGACAGUUCAAAACAGCCAUCCAGUACCAUCAACGUCAUCUAGAAAUUGCUAAAGAAGUGGGAGACAAGGCCGGAGAGGGAAGAAGUUAUGGCAAUCUCGGCAACGCUUAUCAAGGUCUAGGACAGUUCAAAACAGCCAUCCAGUACCAUCAACGUCAUCUAGAAAUUGCUAAAGAAGUGGGAGACAAGGCCGGAGAGGGAAGAAGUUAUGGCAAUCUCGGCAACGCUUAUCAAGGUCUAGGACAGUUCAAAACAGCCAUCCAGUACCAUCAACGUCAUCUAGAAAUUGCUAAAGAAGUGGGAGACAAGGCCGGAGAGGGAAUCAGUUAUGGCAAUCUCGGCAACGCUUAUCAAGGUCUAGGACAGUUCAAAACAGCCAUCCAGUACCAUCAACGUCAUCUAGAAAUUGCUAAAGAAGUGGGAGACAAGGCUGGAGAGGGAGGAAGUUAUGGUCAUCUCGGCAACGCUUAUCAAGGUCUAGGACAGUUCAAAACAGCCAUCCAGUACCAUCAACGUGAUCUAGAAAUUGCUAAAGAAGUGGGAGACAAGGCUGGAGAGGGAGGAAGUUAUGGCAAUCUCGGCAACGCUUAUAAAGGUCUAGGACAGUUCAAAACAGCCAUCCAGUACCAUCAACGUGACCUAGAAAUUGCUAAAGAAGUGGGAGACAAGGCUGGAGAGGGAGGAAGUUAUGGCAAUCUCGGCAACGCUUAUCAAGGUCUAGGACAGUUCAAAACAGCCAUCCAGUACCAUCAACGUCAUCUAGAAAUUGCUAAAGAAGUGGGAGACAAGGCUGGAGAGGGAGGAAGUUAUGGCAAUCUCGGCAACGCUCAUCAAGGUCUAGGACAGUUCAAAACAGCCAUCCAGUACCAUCAACGUGAUCUAGAAAUUGCUAAAGAAGUGGGAGACAAGGCCGGAGAGGGGAGAAGUUACUGCAAUCUCGGCAACGCUUAUCAAGGUCUAGGACAGUUCAAAACAGCCAUCCAUUACCAUCAACGUGAUCUAGAAAUUGCUAAAGAAGUGGGAGACAAGGCCGGAGAGGGGAGAAGUUACUGCAAUCUCGGCAACGCUUAUCAAGGUCUAGGACAGUUCAAAACAGCCAUCCAGUACCAUCAACGUGAUCUAGAAAUUGCUAAAGAAGUGGGAGACAAGGCCGGAGAGGGAAGAAGUUAUGGCAAUCUCGGCAACGCUUAUGGCAGGCUAAGAGAGUUCAAAACAGCCAUCCAGUACCAUCAGCGUCAUCUAGAAAUUGCUAAAGAAGUGGGAGACAAGGCCGGAGAGGGAAUCGGUUAUGGCAAUCUCGGCAACGCUUAUCAAGGUCUAAGACAGUUCAAAACAGCCAUCCAGUACCAUCAACGUCAUUUAGAAAUUGCUAAAGAAGUGGGAGACAAGGCUGGAGAGGGAAAAAGCUAUUGCUCUCUCGGCAUGAUUCAUGAGGCUCAAAGAGAGUUGAAAACAGCUUUUGAGUGUUUUCUACGUCACCUAGAAAUAUCCAAAGAAGUGGGAGAUAAGACUGGAGAGGCGUGCUCACUCUGCUCCCUUGGAAUCAGUUUUGAGAGCCAAGGAAAUCUUAUGAUGGCCUUUGACUGUUAUUACUCGAGCGUAGAAUUGUAUGAUGAUAUCAGGGCCAGUCUUCAACUCAACGAUCAGUGGAAGAUUUGUUAUCGUAAUUUACACCAAGGAGCAUACAAAGGUUUGUGGCGUAUAAAUCUCAAGCGAGGUCAAGUUGUGAAGGCUCUUCUUACCACAGAGAAAGGACGUGCUCAAGCUCUGAGAGAUCUCAUGGUCAUAAAGUAUCAGCCUGAAGAUUCUUUAACGCCUAGAGCAUCCCGCAUUUCUCUGAGGUGGGUUCCAUUGAGCACAGUUUUCAUAGCUAUUAAUGGACCAUGUGUUUACUUCUGGGUUUGCCUCAGUGAAAAUAAUAUCCAGAAGAGAGAAGUACACGUGAACAAAUACAAGUAUGAGGAUGAAUUGAAAGUUUUCAUGCAGGUACUGAACAAAACUGCUCUUAAGGAGAUCAGUAAAAGAGAUACUGUAACCAUCGAAUAUCGUCCGCUUGACUUGCCGACAGAAGAGGAAGUGGCCAAUGAUGUGAUCCCAGUUGAUGUGAGGCACUCCCAAUCCAGCGCUUUAAAGAAGCUGCAUGACAUCAUCGUUACUCCUAUUGCUGACCUGAUCGAAGGCAACGACGAGAUCACGUUCGUUCCUGAGGGGCCAUUUUGCCUUGUACCUUAUGCAGCGUUGCAGGACUCCAACUCAUCAUAUCUAAGUGACUCUUUCAGAAUUCGUGUGCUUCCCUCUCUGACGACCUUGCAACUAAUUCAUGAUUGUCCAGCUGACUUUCACAUGAAGACUGGUGCAUUGCUUGUCGGCGACCCAUGUUUCAAACAUAUCAUCUAUGAGGAAAGACUUCUGGUGCAACUUCCAGGAGCAAGGAAAGAAGUGGAGAUGAUCGGACGUAUCCUCAAUGUCUCCCAUCUCACUGGAGAAAUGGCAACAAAAGAUGAAGUGUUAAAACGAAUAUCAUCAGUGGCCUUAGUUCACAUAGCAGCCCACGGUAAAAUGGAAACUGGAGAAGUUAUCUUGGCACCAAACACCACAAGAGAUAACCCUCAGCCGCAAGAGAAAGACUAUCUACUGACAAUGAAAGAUGUCAUGGAAACUGGGUUGCGAGCACGUCUGGUUGUACUUAGCUGCUGUCACACUGCUUGUGGGGAGGUCAUGGCCGAGGGUGUGGUCGGCAUGGCGCGUGCACUUUUGAGUGCCGGUGCCAGAUCUGUUGUGGUAACCUUGUGGGCGAUUGGCGACGAGGGAACCGUAGAGUUCAUGAGUUUCUUCUACCAUGCACUUGCCAAAGGCAAGAAGGCAAGUGAAGCUCUCAAUCAGGCCAUGAAGUGUAUGAGAGAAAUCGAAAAGUUCAAGGAGGUGAUUUACUGGGCACCAUUUGUACUCAUUGGUGACGACGUCAGCCUGGAUUUCAAGGAGAUUUAG